GCCUGCAUACACACAAAUCGAGUUUAGCCGGAUUUUAAGUUAUCUAAAGGUGUUUCCUGACAUCAGAUAGAUCGAUGCGCCAGGAGUAAGUAAGCAUCCGGAGACAGUGCGGAGUCCAUCUGAGAUCAAGAAGUGGAGCUGUUAAAAAAAGGGGGGGACAAUGCAGCUGACCUGUUUUUAAAGUGAGCCGACUUUGCUCAACACUGACUAGCAUUAGCCGUCCAUCAGUACUAGUUAUGUGAAAAAAACGAUGACAACGUGGAAUAUACAAUUGUGCAGCAGUUCGGUAGCUUAGCCUAUUAACGUCAGGUCAGCGGUACACUUGUUUGGCAUCUUGGUUUGACUGCAAAGCGUGAACAUGGAGGAGAAACCUGCGUCAGGUGUACGUGGCUACGGAGGCGGCAUGAACAUUGUCAUGAAACACCUGAGACGUUUCGGGGCCAGUCAUGUCGCCCUGGCCUACUCCAUGACGACCCUGGGAGCUGGCAUGCUGGGCAGUAUAUUCAACUUCUACUAUGUCAAACUCUUCCUCAAUAAGUAUAAGAUAUCAGAGGGAGCAUUUCACCAAUCGCAGGUCAUUUACAUGGUAUGGAAUGCAGUUAAUGACCCUCUCUUUGGAUACCUGCAAGACAACUCCCAUGUGCCCUGCUGCUCGCAGCGGCGUCUUUCCAUCCUGUAUGGGGCUCCUCUCUACUCACUGGCCUUUCUGCUGCCCUGGUUCCCAUGGCGAUCCUACAGCCCUGAUGACUGGCUGAGUGGCCUCCAUUUGAUGGUAGCACUUUGUGCCUUUGAUGCUAUGCUGACUUUUGUGCUCCUGGCGCAAUGUGCCUUGUUUGCUGAAAUUUCCGGCCUGCAUCAGAGCCGCCUGCAACUCAUCAAGUACAACCAGGUGGCCUCUCUAAUUGGUUCCUCCAGUGUGCUCUUCUGUGGUGUCCUCUCCAGAAACAUGGAGGACUUUGCAGCCUUCCAAGCCUUUACAGUGCUGAUUGCUAUCCUGGCCUGUGGCUGCAUGCUGUAUACAGGCUUCCAUAGUGAGAGCCGCUUUGACAAGAAAGGAUGCCCACCUGGGACUGGUGAUCAGACUUCAAGUCAAUCAGCACUUUCCUGGUCUUCAAUAAGAACUAUGACGUGGCAAAUCUUGACCAACAGGGACUUCCAGUGUUUUGUGAUCAUGAACUUCUUCCAGGUCUUCAUUCUGACUUUCUUUAGUAAUUUUACCAUGAUAUUUGCCGAGCACUUAAUUCCUGCAGAUAAACUGCCAUCACUGGCCAAGAGCUUUAUGUAUGGAGCCGGAUUCAUCUGUCCACAGAUAUUAGUGCUGAGUAGUCAGAGUCUCCUCCAUAGUAUUGGCUACUACAGGAUCAUCCUCCUCAGCUUCUACACAGAGUUUGGAAUGGCUCUUGUAAUGAUGGCAUUAGGUUCUCACCACUACUACAUCCUGGCAUUUUUCCUCACCAUUAACAUGGUCAUUAUUCAGGCAUCAUUCAGUCUGUUCAACUUGCCCUUGGCUGAUAUCAUUGACUCAGAUCUGCAGAAGUACAAGCGCAGUUCUCCUCUGUCCUCCAUGGUGUUUGGGACAAAUGCUCUGUUCACCAAGCCAGCACAGUCCCUGGCCCCUAUGCUAGUUCUUAAUAUCCUAAACCAGUUUGGCUACAACGAGCUUAAGGAGGCAGGAGUGGCUGCAAACCCAAGUGCCUUGGAGAGCCUCCACAGGCUCAUGUUCUGCCUAGUGUGUCUGGUGCCCAUGUGUAUCUCUGCUCUGCAAGUCUUCGCCUGGAGGCCGUUCUCCAUACGCAACAGCCACACAGUGGAGACAAAGUAUACUGAUGGCUGACUGUAACAUUUUCAGCACAAUCCAAGAUGUACCAGUAGCUACAUUCCUUUGGUUUGGGUUUGGGAAAAGUUGUAAUGGGGAUGAGUAAGGGAUCCAGUUUUUUAAUUGUUAUUUGAUUGAAAAUGAAUUGGAAAUGUGACUCACUUGAGGGCAUCCAUGGGUAUCGUGGUGGCAUCAGAGAGCCUAAAAGUGAAUAGUGUUGCACAAAUUCAUAUUGCACAGCCCUAAUAGUGCUCAUGAAAUUAGAGUUGGUCUAAUGUUAUAGUUCUUGUUUUUUCAAAGCGGUAUAUUCUUUGUUACCGGGCCAUGGACAGACCUUCUGUGGUCACUCAGUGGCACUGGGAGAAGAGAUUUAUAUUUUCCACAAAAGAGACAGAGAGCUAGAUCUAAGGGCAAUGAAAAUAUUUUUUAUUGUGGUACAGAAAAUUUUGAUAGACCUCACUCCAGUUCACAUCGUCGUCCUCACAAAGUAUCCGCCACUGACUCACUUGGAUCUCACAUGUCACUGUGUCCGUGAGUGUGAAGGAGCACCAGUGAGAUGUGGUGCGCACUAGAAGUCAGAAAAAAGUCAUAAAAAAUGGGCACAAAGGAGAAGAAGGGACCCCCCCCCCCGAUUCUUUGUUUCACUUUUCUGUAUGUGUAAAACGAGGAUCAAGGUGCGGAAAUGGAAUUUCAUUGCUUAUCUAUGUUUGAAUGUAUUUGUACUGAAUUUCCUGCUUCACAGCUUAAAACAUUUUUAUAAGAUUUCUGCAAAUAAGAAAAUUCCAAAAAGUCAGUUUUUUUUAAUGUAAAAAUUCAGUGUCAAAACUGUUGAAGUUGUAAUUCCUCAAACUGCAGGUGUCUCAUAUAGUGCCCUCUCAAGUAUUCCACUUCUUGUAAGUGUUCUGCAUUUUUGGGUGUUGCAGCCUGAAUUCAUUUUUUCGCAAAUCUACUAAAACAGCAUACACAAAUAUUACACAAAACUUUGUAGAAGUAGCAGUUAUCGCAUUAGCUGCAGUUUUUCUGCUUUUCUUGAGUAAGUCUUUAUCUGCUUGGCUCAUAUCGUUUUCAGGAUUGUCUCCUAUUCGUUUUUGGCAAAUUUGCCCAAGCUUGGUCAGGCUCAUUACUGAAUAUCUGGGAACAGUAAUUUAAGAGAUUUCCAGUGGACUUUAAGUCUGGGUUUUGGCUCAGACAGUCAAAGACUUUUACCUUCUUGUUCUUGGCUAUUUGCCUAGUAUCACUGUCCUACUAGAACAUUCAUUUUAACAUCAGUCUUUGGUAAGAAAGAUGUUUCACUGCAUCAUUCCCUCAAUCUUCACAGGUUUCUCAGUCUUUGCUGCUGAAUUCACUUGAGAGUUUUUCUGUACCCUGGACUUAAUGGUUGUUUUUACUCUGAUAUGCAGCCUCUUUUGUGAAACCUCAUGUUGAUAUGUGUUUACUUGCAUUGUGUGUGUCAUGACCAGUCAAUUUACAAAGGCCACAGAUUAAUUCUAGUCAACUCACCGACAUCUCAGGGGCUUUGAAAAGGAUUUCAGUUUACAGUGCCACUGCAAACAACACCUUUGCUAAUGAGUUCAAGGUGGGGGGGGGGGUGUCGCAAAGAUCUGAACCCAGGAUGUUGUGUGUACACGAUAUGUGCUUUAGCCAAAUAAGCCACCAGCCCAACUUUUAGCUGUUUAAUUAUACAUGAAUAUUUUUUAAAAUCAGAUUUUACACUGAGUCAUUUUGUAUAGAAGAGUCACAAAAACAUAUAUCACUUUGGUAAUCCAACUUGCGGAUGAUACACCGCAAAAUUUUGAGACAGGAGGCAGAAUACUUUUCAUGAGCUGCAUCAGUGAGCCAGCGUGGGUGACAGUCACAGUGAGCGGCACAACUCUGUGUGUGAUGUACAGUGUCUUACUAACGCAAAAGAGUGUGUCAAGUUUCUCCGUUUUAGUGAAAGUAAGCCAACUAAACACUGGAAAUGUACUGCAUCUGAAAUUGUGUAUUUAUAGUAUGUACUAUAUAUUUCUUGGUACUGUGCCUUACAAAUCAUCUACAAUAACUAACAUACUUGGCAAAUUCAGAAAUGAAGGGGAAUUUUUCAGUUUGGCUUUCCAUACUUAAUUAAAUACAUGUUUUAGACAACCAUGCCCAGAGUGGUUAUAUAUUUUCAUACACAAGCCUAUCAAGAGUCAUUCCAAAACAUGAGGAAGUGUGUUAUUUACAAAUCAGAUUAUAUGUAAAUAUACAAUGAUCAAAAUCAAUCAAGGUGGUACCAAGUCCUCUUAUGAAAAUUGGGAACAUCAUUACAGUGUCUUAUAAAUCAUGUCAUUAUAAAUGUAUAAUAACAAAACAGAUUAUGGAGUAAUAUGCAUAGGCUACCUGAUUUCUCACAGAAUUUUUGUCACCGCCGCUAAAAAUCAACAUUAUCUAUGUAGUCUGAAAUCUGAAUGACGUCUGGCUCCUCAUUUUGCAUCUACCAAAGCGACUUGACAAAACUAGAUUUAAGAAGAAUUAUUUAAUUAUAUUACAGCUAGUCAGCCCAGUUGUGUGGUAGAAAUUACUGAGUUGAAAUUACAGGGGACCAUUGCAUUUUAAUAAACAUGUAAUAUAGAGUGGAUGUUGAGUGAAUAAUGAAUCACUGGUAAAUAACUAAUUUCACCUAAUGGAUUGUGUAAUAUAAAAUAAAAUUCUGCCUCAGUGCUU